UAGCAUAGGGAGCAGCGAAGCAGUGAAGCACCUCCCAUCUCCGACCAGCGACGCUAGCAAGCUUGGACCCAUGGACUCCCCGCAAAAAAGGGUUGGAUCCACCAUGGACGCCGACUGCAAGACGACUCCUCUGCUGCCUGCGAGUGUGACCGCGGCCAAGAAGGCGACGGCCUCUCGCCCGACUCCGUUCCCGGAUGCUGUCCGGCUGGUCAGCAUCUGGGCGCUCUCCACCGCCUGCUUCUUCCUCGUCUCCUUCGCAAUCUCCUGCGCAGUUGCCUACGCACUCGACCAGGUAACAACUCCGAUCCGUCUACGUACGUACUUAAUUUCCCUUGGAUGCCGGACAUUCCCACCGAUCCAAGUUCGUGUUCGUCUGCCGUGCGUCUGCGCCGAGCCGACAGACGCGGACGGUGACGACUUCAUCGCGCUGGUGUACUUGCCUGCGGCUCAGGCGGCCGCGGCAGCGCUGGCGCUGCUGCUCCCAGGCCGCCACCGCCGUGCCCUCGCGUGCCUCGCGCUCGCGGUCGCCAUCGUCGGCCAUUAUAUGUUGGUCGCCGGCGCCCUCCGGUUGCUCUUCGCCCCCGUCGCCGACCCUGGGCAAGGAUACAUGGUCGCCCUCGACAUCCUUGCCAGGAUCGGCUGGGUCGUGGGCAUCGUCAUCUUUCCGGCGGGCGACCUCGUCAGUUUCCUCUUCCUGGCCCUCUCCUUCUGCGCUUCUGGGAAGUGAGGACCGAGGAGCAGAACGUAGGCAGCCGAUCAAUUAGUUGAGCUGAGGCACUGAUGACUGACUAAUGAGUACUACUUCUAUCUAGCUAUAUAUGGAAUUAUACUCUGUUGUUGAACUGGACAGAUAUCCCUUAAUUAGCACUUCAUAUACUAGUACUAGUAAUUUGCGUAAUGUGGGGCGUAUAUAUAAUUAGCCUGGAUUAAUUGUGGCCGUCUGAUCUGAUCUGAUCGAGAUACAAUAUCGAGUAGUAUUGACGAACAACCUACGGAGCCUUUGAUGUAGCAUUGCAGUGGUCAUUUUGUUUCUGUUAUGUUAAGAUGUGAACUGAACGAGCCUGUGAUGAUCUGAGCCUGUAAUUAGAUGUGUACUUCAGUUUGGUAUGGUUACCACUGUGUAAAUGAUGGAUCGACUUAAUAAUAUAUGC